AUGAAGACCAUAAUUAUUUCGAAGGUAGUAGAGACAUCGAGAGUUAAAAAAUCAGCACAACCUAUCAAUGCAUUGAUUGUUGUUGACGUUCAAAAUUGUUUUAUAAAUGGAAAUCUCUCAUUAUCAAAAAGUCCUGCUGGUCAAGAUGGUGCCGAAGUUAUUCCUAUUAUAAAUAAUUUAAUUCGUACCAUUCCAUUUGACGUUAUUGUUUAUACACAAGAUUGGCAUCCAUGGAAUCAUAUAUCAUUUUUCGAAAAUCUUCAUUUUCGCAGACAAUAUUUAGCAGGUGAUCAAAAUCAAACAAUAAAAAUGUUCGAUAAAGUAACGUAUCUCGGUCCAAAAUACAAAAUGGAACAAGUCCUAUGGCCUACACAUUGCAUACAGGAAACAGAAGAUGCAGCAUUACACAAGGAUCUCGAUGUCAUUUCAUCGUCAAGUAGAGUUAUUCAUAUAAGAAAAGGUAUUGAUCCCGAUAUUGACAGUUAUUCAGCAUUUGCUGAUAAUUAUGGAGUUAGGAAAACCGAAUUACACGAUAAGUUGAAAGAACGAAAUGUUACACAAGUUUUUAUUGCUGGAUUGGCUACAGAUUAUUGUGUAACAUCAACUGCUCUUGAUGCUUUCGAUUUGAAUUAUAUAACAUACGUUGUUAAAGAUGCAAGUAGAGGUGUGACCCUGUCAACAAUUAAAAGUCAAUUGAAAAAAUUGAAACAACAUGGAGUACAUAUUAUUACGAAGAAUUCAGUAGAUUUAAUUGGUGAUAUUCUAUCAUAG